AUGGCGGCGAGUGACACAGAGAGGGCUCAGCAGCAGAUUGAUGAAAUUGAAGCCCUUUCAUCAAUCUAUGGGGAUGAUUGGUGUGUUGUUGAUGAAGAUGAAAAAAUCUAUUGCAUUAAGAUUAGUGACUGUCUGGAUCAACCAAAAUGGACCCUCUGUUUGCAGGUGAUUUUGCCACCAGGAUAUCCAACUGCAGAGCCACCUAUUUAUCAACUAAAUGCCCCUUGGCUUCGAGGACAAGAUUAUACGGAACUAGCAAAUAGCUUGGAAGAAAUAUAUGUACAGAACCUUGGUGAAAGUAUACUGUAUUUAUGGGUGGAGAAGAUACGAGAAGUUCUGGUAGAAAAGGCACAGUCUUCAGAUCCAGAACCAGAUAUUAAGAAAACCACUGAAGAAGUUGAUGAAGGUGAUGAAGAUGAUUUUCUCCUAGACUACCAGCCCAUUCAAGAAGAUCAAAUUAAAAUGUUAAAUUACAUGACAUCUGAAAGUCAAGAAGAUGAAGAGCUGCCCCCCAUACAUCAUGGAAACCCAAUCACAGAUCGAAGGAGCACUUUCCAGGCACAUUUGGCUCCAGUGGUGACAACCAGACAAGUUAAAAGAGUUCUUGAAAAAUUAUAUGAGAACAAGAAAAUUGCAAGUGCUACCCACAACAUAUAUGCAUACAGAAUAUACUGUGAAGAUAAACAGACGUUCCUCCAGGAUUGUGAAGAUGAUGGAGAGACAGCAGCAGGUGGACGUCUUCUCCAUCUUAUGCAGAUUUUGAAUGUCCACAAUGUGUUAGUUGUGGUGUCCCGCUGGUAUGGAGGUAUUCUCUUGGGACCAGAUCGUUUCAAACAUAUAAACAAUUGUGCAAGAAAUGUACUUGUGGAGUACAACUAUGUGCCAUCAAUGGAAGAAUCAUCUAGACAAGCUGGAAAGAGCAAAAAGAUAAGGAAGGACAACAAGAAGAGAACAGAACACUAAUUUAUUUUUAAAAAUUUUAAAAUACUAUUUUGCACAUAUUUAUAUAAAAACCUUAUUGCCUUAUCUGAUAGAAUGGACCUGUUGUAUUUAGAAGAGAAUUCAGUAAAGCCAUAGAUAUAUUUUCAUCUGGUUUUGUGAUUUGUUCUGCUGUCAGAAGUAGAGCUUAGACAGAAGUUUUCUGUUUCUUACACGUGAACUCCUUGUUAUGAUUACAGUGCAGCGUCUGGAAUCAUUGCUCCAUUCCAGCCCUUCCCACCAAAUAAUAGUUGACUAAUUGAAAACGUGCAUUUCUCAUCUUCUCCAUUUCUGGAUUCAAAUACAUGUCUUGUAUUAGUAAUUGAUUCUGUCGUUUGUUGUACUGAGAGUGGGACUAGAGUCAUUCAUGCACCAGGUUGCUUACAAGGUUUAAGAUGCUCUUUUGUGAAAGGAAAGCAUGGGUGUGGUGUUUGGUGCCUGGUCCUGCCUGUGCAGAUCCUGAUCAGGUGCUAGAUAGGGCCUGCUUGAUGACAUAUGGAGGACUGAACAUGGGCAGUGAGCUAAGAAAUGAAAUUGCUACAGAAUUUCUUUGAGGAUUGUUCUGUAAUGGUUGGCACAGCAGGAGCCUGUUGAAAAGACGAGAAUUUUGUUUUGCAUAAUUAAAGGAACCAGUGAAAUAGACCAUACAGUCAGUGAGCAAAAUGAAUCCCUUGUUUUUUAAAAUGUCUGAAAAUGGACCAUCAGAGAGGAGAUGCAUUUUUAUUUUCACACUAUUUUUUUCAGAGAUGGCAUGAAGUGCUGUCUAACUGUUUUGUGGACACUUUUGGUUAGAGAAGUUACAGUCCCUUCCUAUUUUUUUUGCAAGCAUUUCCUAAGUUUAAACUUCCUUUAUUCUAAGAAGUGCUACAACAAGGGAAAGAGAUUAUGAAAAAUGUCUAAUGACAGCUCUUUACUUCUUAAAUUCUGCUGGCUCAUUUUUUAAUGUUAAAUUGAAGCAGCAGUUUUAACGACAAGAGAAAGAGAUUACAAAAAUGUCUGACAACAACUCUUUUAAAAUUCUGCAGGGACAUUAUUUUUAAUGUUAAACUUUGCAGUUAGCUUUAAUGUUAAGCAGCAGUUUUAAUCAUUUUUGUUAUAAAAUACUGUAAGGCAUACUGCCCACUUGUGGAAGAGUUACAAAUUUCAUUACCUGGCUGUAGAAAAAAAGAAAGAAGGAUGGUAGGAUUAAUUUAUACCCAAAGUACAAUAGCCUGUCAUAAAAAUAUGUCAACAAAGAAUCAAACAUUACCAGGAAAGGAUGAAUAGUGACUUUUGUCUUUUUGGCCACUCUGUUGUCAUAUCUUUUUAUUUUCCUGGUUUUGCUUUGUUUUUGUGAAAAUGAAUCAGAAGUACAGCUGAGCACAGGUUAGCCGUUAUAGCAUUAGAUUUUCCUACAAGGUAGUAUCAGAAUGACUUUUUUUUCUUUGUGUCUCAAAGCUAAAUGAACAGACCAAAAGUUUAUAUCUGCUCUCUCAUUGGGAUACCUCAUUAGCUCAAUACCUCCUGAAGAGCUGCUUGGUGGCUUCACUGCCAAGCAUUUCCUCUAAAUGUCCUGCAUGCAUCUGGAAAUUUUUCAUGCUUAAAUAUAAAAAGUCAUGUUCUUAAAAUAUUAACUUUCUAAAAGUGAAUGUAAUUGUCUUUCUUACAGCAGCAUACCAGUUCUGGACUGUUAGUAAUUCCUUCAUAUUGCAGGUAAUUCAGGGCCAGUGGUUCUACUGUUUAGUAUGUGUUUAAUGUGGGGCAAAGAAGGAAGAUAAAGACGUGACAUUUA